AUGACGACGCCUCCUCUGACGGUGGCCGUCGCCGGGAGGUCGGCGGCGGUCACCGUUAACCCAACGCCGCAGAGGGAGCGACUUUGGCGCCAGCGACGUCCAGCGAACACAACGUCCUUGCCGAUGCUUCAGCAGCGCCCUCGCCUCCCGCCGCCGCUGCCGCCUCCCAUCUCCAUCAUGCCCAUCAGACCUGACGCGGAGAACGAAGCGGGGUACCGCGAUGAAAUGGGCAGCAUCAACGGCGAAGAGGGGACGUCGCGGCCCGGCGACGUCCUCCGCCUGAUGGACGCCUUGCGUCUCCCAGUAGAGGCGGACCUCUACGCGUCCCUGCUGAAGGAGUGCGCCGAGCAGAGUGACGACGCCGCCGGCGCCGCCGGCGCCGCCCAAGUCCACGACCAUAUGCGACGCAACGCCGGGGGACUCCUCCGCGGGACCGGGGGAACGAUCCUUAUGAACCGACUGCUUCUCGCGUACGCCGCCGCCGGCGAGGUGGAACGUGCGCUGGAGGUGUUAGAAGGAAUGCCAAAUAGGGACUCCAUCUCGUGGGUGACCAUGAUCGCCGGGCUCUCCGCAGCUGGCGACCACACAGGAGCGCUUCGGCUGUUCCGAGAGAUGCUACGCGAGUGGAGGCUAGGCGGCGGCGGAGUGACCGUGAUCUUGAGCGUCACCACGGUCCUCCGAUGCUGCGGUAGCACCAGGGAUCUCAAGCUCGGGAAAUGCGUCCACGGGCUGCUCCUGAAGAACGGGGCCAGCGGCUGCUCCACGCUGGGGAGCUCCCUGAUCCGUCUCUACGGCCUGCUCGGCCGGGCAGACGACGCAGAGAGGGUCUUCCGCUCCAUGCGCGCGCGCGACUGGGCGGUGGGGGCGGCGGCCAUGACGGUCGCUUGCUGUAAGAUGGGCAUGAUCGGUACGGCCUUGGACCUCUUUGGGGAGAUGAGGAAGGCAGGGAGAAGGACGAAGGGCCAUCUUUUUUCGAGCAUCUUCAGAGCCUGCGCUAGGGCGGGCGCCGACCUGCCGGGCCGGCAGGUCCACGCCUGCGCGGUGAAGACCGGUGUGGAGGGGCGCGAGGCCGUACGGAACAGCCUUGUGGAGAUGUACGGCAGGUGCGGGCUGCUGCUUGACGAAAGAAGGGUGCUCGAGAUAAUGCCUGAAAAGGAGCAGUAG